AUAGACAUGCUCAAUAGUUGCUCCAAAUCGAUAGGAUGGAUUUUUAUCAAAAGUUUUCCGGUUCAAGGGAAGGGAUAGGAUGGGAAUCAAAUCUGAGUAGAUUUCUUGAAGUGGUGGGCAUCCUUUUUCAGAGGGUGGGUGGAUUGAACCACAUUCAAACUUUCAGAGGAGGUAUGGGCAAAAACCGUGUGGAAAAUAUAGAGGGUGACAUUGCGUUGCGGAGGAGGGACCGUGCUUACCUAGAAACAUUCCAACCCAACAAAAAAAAAUUCGUACAAAGAAGCCGCCAGCAAUUGGCCAUCAUCACCAAUAUCAGAAUAUCUAACGUCACCAUUAUGGGUGGCCAUCACUGAUCAUGCUACUGAAUAAUGGUUGGGCCAAAGCAUUACGUUCACCAUCUGACGUAAGAAAUGACGCUUAUCUGCAAUAUGUCACUCAUCACGACGACACCUUAGAAGUGAAAUGUGAUAAGAAUCAGAUUUUUGUUCUUCAGUGCAGAUGCUAUAAAUCAGUGGAAGUGGUUCUGAUCAUGACCUACAAAUUAAAGUACUGACAAGAGGCAUCGUGAUAUUUUUUGACCAAGAUGAACUGGUGCCCCAUCUCAAAAUAAAUUGUUGGUUCUGUGGUGUUAAAGUUAUAGAGACAAUUGAUUUCUUUUAUAACUAUGCGAAGACCAAAGCAAUACAAAUCAUAGCAGGUCACUUGGACAGACCAGUAUGGAUGGGGAGAGGAAGAAGAGAAAGAUGGAUGAUGCAGAAGCAGAAGAAGAUAAUGAAGAAGAGAAGAUGGAGACGUUCUUUGCUUUAAUCAGAAGUACUCGAGAUAUCAGGGAAAGGAUGGUUAUGAGCAAUGCAGAUAGGUUAAGGUUAGAGGAAGAUCAGAAGAAAAGGGCUAAUCAUGAUCAGAACAAGCCAAGUGCAGUUUGGAACCCCACAUUCCAGCCCGGAGAUUUCAUGGAAGAUCAACCAGCUCAGAAGGAGUUAUGCACUCCUCCUCCUCCUCCGCCUCCUGGUAUGAUUAUAAACCAAGAAGAAGCAGGCCCUUCAAAUUCAAGGAAAGAAGCUGAUGUAGCUCAAGAUCAAGAUGAUCAUAAAGCUGGAGGUGAACACCAUCAUGACUUGGACCUCAAUCUUUCUUUGUAGCACAUGUUGAUUAAAUGGUAAUAGCAGGAAAUAAUUUUGAUUAAUGUGCAGUAGGUACGGUACCUAUGGCAUUAGAUAGAAGUUUUUGAGGUGUAGAACAAAUUUUAAUACUACACUCAGGUUUUCAAAUUAACAUGGAUAGAGAAUUCAUGCAUACUUAGCUCC